AUGUCUCAACUUCGGCAAGUUGCGGACCCACUACGUCGCUUCAGUUUUUGUUAUGGGAGCACUGAUCGUUCGGAAAACAAGCAUAUCGUACCAACAAUCUCCUCGGUGUUAGCUUAUCGAGAACAGUUCAAACAGCCGGAAAACUCUAGUCAACAUCUGAAACGUGCUGCUUCUAUGAAACAACAACACAUGGAAGUGUUCGCAUCUCGUUGGGCACAUGAAACCGGAUCAAUGAUUUAUGUAGUUGUGAAGACAGGUAGCAAUUAUGCUAUCGGCUCACCAUUAUGCGUUGAGACCGGACUUUACAAAGAAUAUGAGCAUCUCAGGAGCGUCUCUUUCAAUUCGUCAAGCAAGGACGUGAAAAAUCUGAAACUUCGAGACAGACAACAUCAACCGUUCAGUUUCGCUUCGAGCCUUGUAAUCGGUGACCUGGUUGUUGUGCUGAAAACAGGAUUUGUUGAGCAUAUCGAACGGAAAACGAACCAGCCAUCCGGGCGAAAACUCCACGUUGCCCUCGAGUACUAUGUUUUGGACAGAAAUUAUGAAUCUGGGGUCGCUCUCGCCGUUCGCACAACAAAAGGUUUUGAAAUUUACAAGUCCUUCGGUGACUUAUCACUUCCCCCUUGUACAAUCGCGGAGUCAGUAUUGCGAGAUCUUCUCAACACUCCGUCAAUACUCCCAGAAGAAUAUGAAUGUAUGGCAACACCGGCUCCGCCUAAACAAGUUACCCAUCUACCAAAUGUUUUUCUGAUGUAUGCCGAAAUGUUCAUGCCUCACCGCAAAUGCUACAGAUCGGCCCUCAACUUCAAAUCGACUGCUUCACAUGCUAACGAACUCCUCACAGAUGUGGCGAAACUAAUAACUGAUGACGUGAAAAACUAUAUGCCAUACAAACCUGUUCCUUUGAUCGCUUGUUGUUCAUUAUUGAAUUCUCUUCAUGACUGUUUUUCUUCACGAGAGGGUUUUGUAACACUGAAUGCUCUAAAAGCACUACGUUCUGCGAAGCUACAAAGCGGUGUUUCGAACUUCCAAGAUUGCCGUUUUAUCGAUACAACUGUUGCUGGAUGGGAUAUAACAGAAGGGGGAGCAGAAACAGCAGAAACACUGUCCACCUACCAGUUGCUGCCUUUCAAUCAAGCGUUGAAAAGAAAUUCGACACACGAAGAACGUGUUUUCUACCAAGCAUUUCUUAACAAAAACAUAAUGGUCCAUCUGCACGAGAGUCCUGUUGGUUCUGGUAAAACAACAGUACUUGCUGCCGCCGUAAAAGCUCGUCUUAUUGUGGAUCAGCACUCUCGUAUUGCUUUGACUGCUAUGACGAAUUCCGCUGUGAUUGCUCUGCUUACUGCAUUUGAAUUUCCACUUGAUUAUUGUGAUGAGAAGCUUCGACCGCUUGUUGUUCAAGCAAAAAACUGGAAACAUGUCAAUGGCGUCUCCUCACAUUUUUUUGACUGGAAAAUCGUAAUGAAGAAUUGUUUUAUUGAAGAAUUAGUGAAAUUUGACAUCCACAAGCCCGUCUCCGACGAAUCACGUUACUCCAAAAUAAAGAGCAUGCUCUCCUACGUUCGGAACAACAGCAUCAUUGCACUUUCUAGAAAACUAGGACAGGAGAAAUAUGAUUUCAUCUCUAAAUUGAUCUGUCCAAUGUUGAACAAGCAAGAAUUAGUUAACCACUUUUUCCAUCUGUACAAGCCUAAUUUGAUUAUUGCUACAAUGGACUCUCUCGUCAAUUUCACGUCUUUUCUGCCCGUGGAUCACAUGCCCAAUUUGAUAGCUAUAGACGAGUGUACAAUGAUACAGCCGUCGGAUUUAUGUUUGUUUUCUUCAAAAAUGCAAUCAAUGUCAUUCGAAUCUAUCGAGUUUGUACUGAUUGGCGACCACAAACAAUUGACUCCCUUCAACGGCAUUCAAUCAUUGUCCCCACUCACUGUCACACCAAAUGUAUUGCUGAUGAACAAUGCCGCCUUUACUACUCGAUUUACUGUUGUACAUCGUUGCCACAAUAAUGCAACCGAGUUGGUUUCUUCCGUUUUCUAUGGAGGUUAUCUGACGUCGGGAAAAGAUCCGAACCAGUCAUACAUUCAACAUAGACUGAAAGGAGUACCGUUCCGAAACCCCAAAGUCAAAGCUUACAGCUUUGUUGGAAACAACUCUGCAAGCUGUGCGGUAGCACAAAGUCGUUGCAAUAUUGCUGAAGCAAGUGCAAUCGCCGAGUAUGCUCAGAAGCUGAUUGAUGUCGACCAUAUCAAUCCAUCACAGAUAUCGGUGAUUACUCCAUUCUUAGCACAAGCCGAGCUGCUGCAAAAAGUUGUCCCCGGAGGAAUCACUUGCUCAACAUCUAGAAAAUAUCAAGGUCUUGAAAAUGACAUCGUUUUGUUCAGUUGUUGUCAUACUGGAGGAAAGCAGGGUUCAAUUGUUAGUGAAGACGAAAUGUAUUCCGAAGGAUUUCGUGUUCAAACUAGCAACACUGGAACUGUCAAAUGCAAGUUAAUCGACGAUGAUGCCAUCAUUCUCGUCUCGUUGACACGUAGCCGGCACUUCACGACGAUCUUUGGCAAUGAAACCUUUCUUCGUACCAUUCCACGUUGGAAUGCCAUUUUGAAUGGAAUUCUUCAGUGA